UUAUAAUAAAUUGUUUUUGUUUAUAUGAGGAUAUAUUUUUUAUUUAAAAGCUUUUACAACGUUACAUUGUUUAGCCAAAAUUAAUAAAGCAGCAGCUAGCCAAAUAUUUAAUUAUAUUUUUUUUUCAGAUUUUUUAGACUAAAUUUAGGCAACACUACAUUUUGUAAAAUUCAUUGCAAUAUUCAUUUUGAUUCAUUUAACCGGCAAUCAAAUGAGACUCAUCAACAGCAGUCUUAGUAAAUUUUUCAAAGUACAAGAAGGACCCAGAAUGGCGCUGAAAUUGUUGUCGACCGUUAAAUGCUUUGGUGGAGAACAGCGGGUUUAUUCCCAUACAUCUGAAAUUCUGGGUUGUGAAAUGAAAUUUGGUGUCUACAUGCCACCACUUGCUGUCGACGACCAUAUGGAAUGCCCUGUUUUAUAUUUCCUCAGCGGACUAACCUGCACUCACGAAAAUUUCAUUCAGAAGUCUGGCUUUCAGCAGUCCGCAGCAAAGCAUGGCAUUGUGGUUGUUAAUCCAGACACUUCACCCCGAGGCUUGAACCUUCCAGGAGAGAACGAUAAUUGGGAUUUUGGUAGUGGUGCCGGUUUUUAUGUAGACUCCACGGAAGCGCCAUGGUCUAAAAACUACAAAAUGUGUUCUUACGUUACAAGCGAAUUAGUCGAAAUAGUGAAUGCCAGUUUGCCAGUGCUACCUAACAAACGUGGUAUUUUCGGGCACAGCAUGGGUGGUCAUGGUGCUUUAAUAUGUGCUUUGAAAAAUCCAGGUGUGUACCAGUCAGUGUCUGCAUUUGCACCUAUAUCAAACCCAAUUGAAUGUCCAUGGGGUAAAAAAGCGUUCAAAGGUUAUUUAGGUACAAAUGAAGAGUCUUGGAAAGAUUGGGAUGCUACUAUGUUAGCUACCAACUAUGCUGGUAUACCUUUGGAAAUAUUAGUCGAUCAAGGCUCGGAUGACAAUUUCUUAAAAGAGAAACAAUUGUUACCUGAAAAUCUGUUGGGUGUCGCCGCUGAUAACGACCAUUUGCAAUUGAUCUAUAAAAAACGUGAAGGUUAUGAUCACAGCUAUUUCUUCAUUUCUACCUUCAUUGCAGAACAUUUUGAUCAUCACGCCAAGUUCUUGAAGACAUAACCUUUGGUAGCUAGUUACUAAAUAUUUGCUGUCAAAUCAAGUAACGUCACACUAUGUGUACUCUAUAACUGCGCCAGACCCAAAUUAAUUUAAAUUGGUUAAAAGGCGAAGGACAUAAAAUAUGUAUUGUGUCUUUUAAAGUUCUUAUAAACAGAAUGUUAGUUUAAAUAAAAUAUUUCUUUCAUCUGUAUCGGUUUA